AUGGCUUCUAACUGGGUGCGCGAUGAGGAUGAUGUGGAGGAGGAGGACGACGAUAUUGAUGACACUGACUACAAAUCCAGCAAAGAUGCAGUCCUCUUUGCUAUUGAAGUUAGCGAGUCAAUGCUAACUCCUCCACCUGACUCUAAGUCUAAGAAGGCGGAUAAGGAUGCACCAAUUACCGCUGCGUUGAAGAGUGCAUACCAUAUCAUGCAGCAGAGAAUUAUAUCUAACCCUCAGGACAUGAUGGGCGUCUUACUAUAUGGGACAAAGGACUCGAAAUUUUAUGACGAAGAUGAGGAGGGCAGAGGCACACUCCCAUACCCCCAUUGCUACUUGUACACGGACCUAGAUGUUCCAGCCGCCUCUGACGUGAAGGACUUGCGAGCCUUGGCUGAGGACGAAGACAGCGCCGCAGAGAUAUUGAUUCCCUCUGAGGAACCUGUCACAAUGGCAAAUGUGCUGUUCUGUGCUAACCAGAUCUUUACCUCAAAAGCAGCUAACUUCUCUUCUCGGCGGCUCUUCAUCAUUACGGACAACGAUAAUCCACAUCAAAAUGAAAAGGCGCUCAGGUCUGCAGCUACCGUUAGGGCGAAAGAUUUGUAUGACCUUGGAGUGAUUAUAGAAUUAUUCCCAAUUUCCAGACCAGGUGAAGAGUUUGACCGUUCAAAAUUCUAUGCAGACAUCAUCUAUAAGGCCUCCCCAACUGACCCGGAAGCUCCUGCAUUUCCACAAGCUGCAACCAAGACUUCAACUUCGGGGGGAGAUGGCAUCACGCUUUUGAACUCUCUCAUUUCAUCAAUCAAUUCCAAGUCUGUCCCUCGAAGAGCGCUAUUUUCAAAUGUUCCCUUAGAGAUCGGGCCCGGCCUCAAAAUCUCCGUCACUGGGUAUUUGAUAUUUAAGCGACAAGAACCUGCUCGAAGCUGUUACAUUUGGCUGGCUGGCGAACAGCCCCAAAUUGCCAAAGGAAUGACUACUCAGCUUGCAGAUGACAGUGCCCGUGAAGUGGAAAAAUGGGAGAUCCGCAAAGCAUAUAAGUUUGGAGGUGAACAGGUCUCAUUUACUCAGGAGGAGCAAGCAGAGAUCAGGAACUUCGGUGAGCCCACUAUUCGGAUUCUCGGUUUCAAGCCCCUUUCCUCGCUACCUAUCUGGGCAUCCAUGAAACACCCUACCUUCCUUUAUCCCUCGGAGGAAGGGUAUGUAGGCUCAACACGUACAUUCUCAGCAUUGCAUCAGACACUACUGAAGCAAAAAAAGAUGGCCCUGGUAUGGUUUGUGCCUCGACGAAACGCAGCCCCUGUGAUGGCCGCAAUGAUUGCUGGAGAAGAAAAGCUCGAUGAGAAUGGUGAACAAACUAUCCCUCCUGGAAUGUGGAUUCUUCCUCUCCCUUUUGCAGACGACAUCAGACAAAACCCGGAGACAAACCAUAUUACCGCCCCUGACUCAUUAAUCAAUAAGAUGAGACCUAUUAUCCGGCAGCUUCAGCUUCAAAACGCGCAAUAUGACCCACAGAGAUAUCCAAAUCCAUCGCUUCAAUGGCAUUAUAAGAUCCUACAGGCUUUAGCACUGGAUGAAGAUUUACCAGAGGAGCCAGAAGACAAGACUAAACCGAAAUAUAAAGCCAUUGACAAGCGAACUGGAGACUUGGUCAUUGAAUGGGGUGAAGAGCUUGAGACUCAGUACCGGGCUCUAGAGAAAAGUCAACCAGCGACCUCAACUCUCGUUAAAAGACCAGCUCCAAGUGCAAAGGGAGUUAAGGAGGAGCCAGCAUCUAAGAGGGCGAAAACCGAAGAACCCGAGGAUAUCAAGGCUUACUAUGAAAAGGGCACACUGAACAAGGUAAAGCCCAUCCCUCGCCCAAUAAGUGUCGAAUUAUCAAGCCUCUAA